AGGCUGAAUCCCCCUCCCGCUGUCAUCCUCGCUGCCUCUGCAGCUUUAUUCCUCAUCUCCUUCAAUGGUGACUGACUACCUCCCGCCCGGGCUGGCAGCCAGAGCCAGAAGGCCUCGCUAGGACCGGUUGCCAGGACCGGUUGCCGGCGGCUCCAUGGCAUCUCCCAGGACUAUCACCAUUGUCGCCCUCUCGGUGGCCCUGGGGCUCUUCUUCGUCUUUAUGGGGACCAUCAAACUGACCCCUCGGCUCAGCAGAGACGCCUACAAUGAGAUGAAACGAGCAUACAAAAGCUACGUGCGGGCCCUCCCCAUGCUGAAGAAGAUGGGAGUCAGCUCCAUCCUUCUCCGCAAGAGCAUCGGUGCCCUAGAAGUGGCGUGUGGCAUUGUCAUGACACUGGUGCCCGGCCGCCCCAAAGACGUGGCCAACUUUCUCCUCCUCCUCCUCGUGCUGGCCGUGCUCUUCUUCCACCAGCUAGUGGGGGAUCCACUCAAGCGGUACGCCCAUGCCCUCGUCUUUGGGAUCCUGCUUACCUGUCGUCUGCUGAUUGCCCGCCAGCCUGAGGAGCAGCCGCCGGAAAAGAGGAUCCUGUCGGUGAACGGGGAGGAGCAGCCACUCAUCCACGACGCAGCUCCUGAGAAAGGCAAAAUGAAGGUAUCCUAGUUGAGCGCGUGUGAGAAAUACGGACCCUCGAGGCAGCUCUCUCCAAAAUCACCCAGAAAAUUUGUGUUUGUUUUUUUUUUUUUUUAAUUUACCUAUUUAUAUUUUUUUGUCUGUCUAAAUAAAGUUGCGCUUGGGGUCUGAGAGACACAUGGUAUGUCUACACUGUAGUCUUGCUUUUUGCUGCUGCCCUGUCAUGUAGAAAAAUACAAGCUCGCUUUCACUGGGACGGCUCGGAGGCAGUUAGCAGCACGGCUGGAGUAGCAGGAGCUGCAAAACCAGCCUGAGAGCACGGGCAAAGACAGGGGCAGGGGCUCAUGCUGGCUCGGCACCGCUGCAGUGGGGAGGUGUUAGCCCCCCAGCAUCAGCCCCGAGCCCCACAGCAGCGGAAACCUCCCCGGGAUGCAGCUCCGCUACGUGGCAGUCUCGGCAACAGCCGGUGGGUAGAACAUAACCAAAGUGUCCCGGUGCUGCCUUGUGCAGCCCCAUCCACCGAUCUACCUUUCCUUUUCCAUAGGCAAGGGGGGAAAGGACCCCACCGAGCACAAAAGUGCCGUUUCUUGUAUUUGAGAGAAGGGAUCCCCCAACCUUUGCUGCCUCUGUGCCCAGUCCUUUCUUUGGACUGGUUAUCCAGGGAAACACGGGAUGCGCUAUUUGCAUCUUCCUCGAUUUCCACACUUGGCAGAGGCUCUAAAACUGGGGCAGUGGCCUGAUAACAGUAAUUUUUUGCCUGCUUCACACGAGGAAAUGGCAUCUCUUUACCCUUCUUGGCAGAGAGUAAGGAUCCCUGAUGAGGGGAUGGGGAACGGAACUGCCCAAAGAACUCCAAAAUAUCUGUCUGCUGUUGGCAAAUAGCAUCAUGCUCCCUAUUUCCUUGCAAGAAAAAAAAUCCCUUUUCCCACAACUACUGCAACUUUAUAGAAUUGUCGGUUAUCGCUGAUAGAUGAGGGUCCGAACGCGUCCAGGUACCUCACUGUUCAUCCCAUGUACAGCUUCAGUGAGCUGGGAGAAGUCCUGCCACCAGAGCCUGAAUCCCUGCGUGUUGUAUCUGAAAUCUUACGGAGUGUCAAAAGAAGCAUGUGUUACCUCUGAGUUUGUCUGUUUUUCUUGAUGUUUCUCUGUUUUCAGUUUUUCCUUAUUUUCUUAAUUAUUCAUGAAAAUAAACUUUUUGAAAUUUGGAGAAAAAUGUCUUGACAGAAACAAAUUUAUUUUUUGAGAGAGACACCUGAAAAUAUUUUUCCUGUGCUCAAAACGCUGCACCUAAAAUGGGCGGAAUCACGUCAGGGGAAUUUCAGAGAUAGACAAGGUAAUGCAGGAUGGAAGCCAUCGGAACACUACUGGGCUAUAUAUUAAUAACCCCAGGCAUUUAAGAGAGAUGUUUGAAAAUUUUCAUGAAGCUGUCUCGGAUACAUUUCUGCUUCAGUACAAUGUGGCAGUGAAAAAAGAUAUUAAAACUCCGGUAAAAUAUCAGUAUCUUAUCUCCAUGAAAAUUGAUGACGGAUGUUCAUAUGCAGUAUAUCCAGUUUCUUCUUAUGUUAAGUUUGCUACUGAAACAGAUGUAGUCCCAAACAAAUAUAUGCUGAAAAAUCCUCCUCCUAGCACCCCAAAGAGUGACUUAUUAUCUCUUAUCAGAUGUGUGCCCUGAACAAAGGAAACUACCAACAAGCCACCUUAGUUGGACAAUCUCUUGUCUUUACAGACUACCUCAAGGUCAUCCCAAACGUAUACAGAAUUUUCUUUAUUUUCAGAAAGACACUUCAUCUACCAUGCCCUGACUGUAGCUAUAAUCACUUUUUAAUUCAAAAUUAAAUAAAAAUAC